AUGUAUUUGGAUACAAAUGCUAAGCCUGAUGACUCCCGUGAAGAUAUUGUCAAGAGAAUGGUACGAGAUGGCCUGCCUGUUUUAGGAUCAUGCGAGAUGGUCAACCAACGAGUCAAUUAUGAUGAUCAUAAAUUGACAUACAAAAUGGAUGGCAAGGCCAUGACCGUAACAGAGACUCAUGGAUGGAAGUAUGCAGUCCUAGGAUCUGGAGGGGGUGCUUUGUUUAUUGUGUACAACAAGAAUACACAGAAAGUGUCUGACCUCAGUGAAUGGAUACGUGGUCGUGGUCCUUUAUCCGCUAAUCCUUCAUCUCAUUCCGGUGGUGCUGCUCUGCGUCUCAGGCCUCUUUGCCAAUCUGGUUCAGGCCUCAUUGAGUGGUGGGGUGGCGUUAAGAUCCUCGUGUGUGCAGAGCAGGAAACCAGUAAUUUAAAGGGUAAAGAACAUGAACUUGUCAUAUCCAAUGCUAGAAGUAAUGCCGAUCAUCUUGUUGAACUGGUUCUCGCUCAGUGGUCAGGUUGCGUUGGCAGUUUAUUUGCUGUAAUAAAGACAUCAACAAGGUACAUUCCGGCCAUAGGGUGGUCAAUGUGGUUUUCUGAAUAUAUUUUUUCAAAAAGAAGUUGUGCCCAAGAUGCAAGAAAACUUAAGUCAGAUCUAAAGGACUUCCCUCAGCCCUUUUGGUUAUCUGUUGGCCUAGAAAGAACUGGUUUUACUCAGGGAGAGCUACUGGCUGCACAGAGGCUUCCUAUCCCUAGCAAGGUUUUGAGUCCUAUUGCUAAGGAUUUGGUCUAUGCAGUAAGAUGUGCAUACUCUGUUAUUUAUGUCAUAACAGUGGCCAUUCCUGAAACUUCACCUCCACCUACACUUGAAAGUGUAAUUAAAGGGGGACUUUCUGUGGUGCAUGUGUACAUCAAGCGGCAUGUGACUAAAAACUGGCCAGAAACUGAUGAUGAAAAGUGGUGCACAGAAAUACUUGCAGCCAAGGAUGCAUUAUUGGACGAACAUAUAGCAGAACGAACUUUUGGCGUUAAAGGAUUGCAAGCUAUUGGUCGGCCACUAAAGUGUUUCUUGGUUAUAUCUCUAAUUGUGUUGUGGGCUCUAAAGUUCAACUUUGUCUGCUGUUCCACACUGCUUGUAUGGAGUGCUGCCCUCUUUACUGGUCGGAUGCUUACUCUGUUCGGCUGUGGAGUGCUUUCGCUGUUGCAGUGUUUCAUGGAAGCCGCUAUAGCAAACAUUAGUUGGUCAAAGUACCUCAAGCCCAUCUGUGGCUGGUUGAUUUACAAUCUUGGAGAGUUGUGUUUGUUGCUCCCUUGUGAUUAAUAUUCUUGGUGGUAAUAAAACUUCAAAAAGUCUUCUCUUAGGCUUGUGUAUGAUGAUAGUAGAAGGAUUUUUCUAACAUGAAAAAUUAUG